UAUACGUAAGUUCCUUUUUCAAAUAUGAAGAAGGAAGUGACGAUUAUUUUUUUCAAAUUAAACAGCGGUCUUUAUCCACCUUCUGUCUUUGGUGGAACAACAGUAAAAGAAGUGACUUUCUGGAAAUUAACUUAUUGUUGUCCUAGAGCACAGCUUGCGUAGUUAGAUUUUUCACCUGGGACCAAUGUCUUCAAGAAUUCCAGUUUAUCAGGAGAAUCGACAACCAGAAAUUACAAACCCAAAGGCUACUGGUCGUAUUGCUGAAAAUAUGAAGAGAACUAAAUGUGAAUUCAAAGAAACGACUAUACCUUCAAAUUUUAACUUUGCCUUGAAAACGGACUCGGCUGGCAUACUGAAGCCUCACAACAAUGUACCCAGGAAAAAGUUCACAGCUACGACUUACAAAGGACCUUCAUCUAGACUGGAGACAGAGCUAAGAGACCAGAAAAGACUUUUGGAAGCAUUUAACGGAGACCUGCAAAAAAAUCUUUUGCAGUCCAAGGAAAAGGUUGACCUGCUGGAGCAGCAGUACAGAGAUCUUCAAGGAGAAAAGAAUGAGAUUCAGAAGCAGCUGGAGAGCUGUCUUCAUUUGCUGGUUGCAGGCAACAUUGACCUGGAUUUAGGUGAGGAACUAGCUGAAACAGCCCAACAAAAGGAGGAGCAAAGGAAAGAAGUGCAGAGCGUGUCCCAAGAACUGAUGGGGGAGUUGCAGACGUUUGGCCAAAAGGUUUCAGAACAUCGAGCACAGGUCCAGCAGGUGCAGGAAAGAAUGAGGGAUCUGAGAGAGAAGAGAGAGCAGCACUUGGAGGAGCGAGAGGCCUUUUCCCUGGAAGUGGAAGAAAUGGAGAAGGCUCUGGAGCAGGCAGAGCAACUUCUGGUGGAAAUGUAGAUGUUCGUGUGUGUCUGUGGGGGUGUGUGUGUGUGUGUGUGUGUAGUGCAGUGUUUUGUACAGCUCUGAAAUUGAAUAAAACCUCAGUUUUUACCACAA